AGAAUUACAAAGAGUUUUGGGUUUUGUUAAUAUCAUAAGAGAAAGAUGGAAAAUUCAAGCGGUGCAAGGGUGACUUGUCUUAUAUUGAGAAUCCUAACCUUUGUGUUUCUAUUCAUCUCCUUCUUCGUUCUCGUUACCACUUCCCAAACCGUUGAAUCAGUAAAGUUUCAUUUCAACAACUUUCAUACAUAUAGGUACGUGCUUGCUACGAUCAUCAUCGGGAUCGUAUUCAACCUCUUGCAAAUCGCAUUCUCCCUCUUUAAUAUCGUUAAAGGUGCAACCGGUACCAUACUAUUUGAUUUCUUUGGCGACAAGUUUUUGUCAUACCUUCUAGCCACAGGCACAGCAGCUGGGUUUGGACUAUCGGUGGAUUUGCAAACAUUAGACCCAGAUGACUACUUUGGAACAUUCUUUGACAAGGCAUAUGCGGCCUCAGCUCUUCUUUUGUUUGCGUUCUUUUGUUCGGCGGCUGUCUCUAUUCUCUCUUCCUUUGCACUCUCCAAGCGACCUUAAUCGAUUAAUCUUUGGUUAUUUAAUUGUUUCCAUGUUCUUUUUUUUUUCUUUUGUCUCAAGAUCAUGUUGUUCUUAUUUGUUUUUGUUUGAUGAUUUGUUACAAUUCUU